CCGCUGCACUUUGGAAGGAGGCGGUUUACAGUCGCGCGCUGCGGGGCGGAUCCUUCCUAUUCCUGCCCUAAUAUCUCCGCUGGGCGGGGCAAGACAGGGCAGGGCGAACCUGCUGGUGGCUGAGCUCAGCUUUUGCAUAGCAAUGCAUAGCUUUGCAUACCCAAUGAGGGCAGGCAUUUAAAGGCGCCGCCGCUGCCUGGAUUCUUGUAGUUAACUCCGCGUGAGUCCACCCUUCGCAAUGCAUCCCUUGAUGCGUACUCCGCUCCUGAUCUUCCUGGGCUUGUUUCUUGCCGGCCCUGCGGCCCCUGCGCGCAUUGGCCUAAACCGCCCCUCCCAGCUUGGUAGCUUUUCCUGGGAUAACUGUGAUGAAGGGAAGGACCCUGCUGUCAUCAAAAGCCUGAUGUUGGAACCUGACCCCAUUGUCGUUCCUGGAAAUGUGACUGUCAGUGUUGAGGGCAAGACCAGUGUCCCCCUCACUUCCCCUCAGAAGGUGGAAUUAACGGUGGAGAAGGAAGUGGCUGGCUUCUGGGUCAAGAUCCCGUGUGUGGAGCAGCUCGGCAGCUGCACCUAUGAAGACUUCUGUGAUGUGCUUAGCAAUCUCAUCCCCCCCGGGGAGCCCUGCCCGGAGCCCCUGCACACUUACGGGCUUCCCUGUCACUGUCCCUUCAAGGAAGGCACCUAUUCGCUGCCCAAGAGUGAUUUCACAGUGCCCGACCUGGAGCUUCCCAGCUGGCUCAGCACCGGGAACUACCGCAUUGAGAGCAUCCUGAGCAGUGGCGGGAAGCGUCUGGGCUGCGUCAAGAUCUCCGCAUCUCUAAAGGGCAAAUAAAGUGGCAGCGAGCACAGCAGAAUGCAGGGUUACAAGGAAGGCAGUUCUCUUCCUCUGUCUUGUAUUUGCCAAGGCCCAUUUCUGACUCUCUGCCCAUCUUCGAACCCUUGUCUGUGAUGAUUCCGCUGCCCUCACUGAAUAUCCUUUGUGCCACUUACAUUUCAAGCUGGGCCAAGCAGCUCUGAACUAAGGGAGGCCAACUGUGGCAGUUCUUUAGAGCCUGGUUGUCUCUGGGCUAGCCACAUCACUCUCCUCCUCACCCCGAUAACUUUUUAAGAACUUCUUUUAUUUCCAAAACAUUCAAGGAAUGGAAACCAACAUGUUUGGGGACCUUAAGUUCAGACUGACCCAGUCUUGGCCUCCUGAAGUACCUUUUUGACUUUCUCUUUCUUUUUGGUCACUAACUUAAAAGCAGAGUUCAGAGUAUUAACAUUUUUCAUCCUACUCCAAGCCCCUCCUACAGUAAAGGGGGUGAAGUGGUUGAUCUUCGUCUGUUCCUCCAUUAACUUCUAUAAUUAAUUUUUCAUUCUUUUCUAGGUUUGCCUAGUUGACACUGGGGCACGGUGUAUCCUAGAGAGGCAGGGUGUAUGUGGUUGAGAUUCCCUUGCAGGAGUUAUUUUAGGAAUGCUGCAGGUGUUUACAAUGGGUCACCAACUCAGGUGACUUCAGAGCCAAGCAAGAGACAUCAGUGAGCUAGAAGGAGCACUGGAGACGUGCUGCUUCCAGGUGUGACCUCCGCUUUUCCUUAUUGGAUAAAGAUAAUACAAGCCAUGGAUACAAUAAGUAGUCCUUAUACUAUACAAAAAAUCAAUAGCACUGUAUGCACUGAUACAAGGCAGCUGAGCUCGAGUCUGCAGUUGGAGAUAUAAUGUAAUGGAGGAUGUAAUUCAGUCCAGAGUGGGCAGCUGCAGUCUAGCUGGUUAGUGCCAUAUAAGAAGGUUCUGGGUCCAGAAAUGCCAGAUAGUCACAAUUUUUUUUUUUUCCCUACAGAAGCCAAAAAUGCAGAUUUUUUAUAUGAAAUUUUACAAUUUUUAAUAUUGGCAACUACUUGUUCUUUUUUAUACACUGUAUAGGCCAAAAUCACCAAAUGGACUUGUCUGGGGAAAUCUGACCCUUGGAUGGGCUGGUUUGCAACCUCUAAGUGUCAAGACAACUCCACUAGCACCAUUUCUCCCUCCAUAGGGCCAAAUCCAUAGCAUCUGGCCCCAAGGAGAAGAUCUGCCAGUGCUAGAAGAGGUCUAGGUGGCCUCUCAGAGCAGUGACCUGCAUGGGUGAGGGGCUGAUGCUGCUGAAGAACUGGCCCUGCCAGCAGCUGCCUUGUGCAGCAGAGAACCGACAAAGAAAAGGUGGAUUCUAGGUCAGGCUACCUGGAAAUGUUCACUACCCUGUCAUGCCGUGAUAGCUUUCUGAACUAUGGACAGCCCCACAUGCCAGGCUUAUUUGAAGCCUGCGUUGGCAAUAAAUCUUUUUUAACUUGA